AGCUCAGACUCCAGUCAGUUUGCAGCGGAUCCAGAAUCUGAGAGAAACCUGCUGAGUCUGAAGAGCCUUUUCAAAACGUAAGGACCAGAACCAGCUCCUUUAAAACUGAGGACCAGAACCAGCUUCUUUAAAACUGAGGACCAGAACCAGCUUCUUUAAAACUGAGGACCAGAACCGACCCUCUCCAAACUGAACCCUGAGGACCAGAACCGACCCUCUCACCCUGGAUUCUCCCGGCAGUUCUUCUUCUUCGCCAUGCAUGCCGGGUUUUAGUGUUUCCAUGGAGAUGUCUCAGCUAUACGAAGCCCCGCGCGCCCUGAUGCACCCGCCCCCCCCCUCUCAGAACCCUUACAGGGAUCCGGAUGUUAUUGGAGGAGAGAUCGGAGACAACGAGACGUCCAUCGAUCUGAGCGUCUACAUCGAUCCGAGCGCCUUCAACGAUGACUUCCUCGCGGACCUGUUCCACCAGCAGGGGGGCGGCGCGCGGGGCUAUCAGGAGAAACCCGACCCUGCGUACGAGCCGCGCCUGCGUCCCCCUCCUGCCAUCAAACAGGAGCACCGCGAGGACCCCCCCUCCUUCCACCAGUACUCACAGAAACCCCCUCUUCCUCCUCAUGCUCCUCCUCAUCAUCUUCAGCAACAUUAUCUUGAGUAUCAAAUCUCUAAUUGCGCGCAAACUACGAUGCAUUUACAGCAUCCGACGCCUCCCCCGACACCUGCUCCAAGCCCCCACCUUCAUCAUCAUCAUCAUCAUCAUCCCCUCCAUCAGAGGGGGGCGGGGCUUAAGUCCAACAGCAAUAAUAAGAAGCACAUGGAUAAAAGCAGUCCAGAGUACCGCUUGAGGCGCGAGCGCAACAACGUGGCGGUGAGGAAGAGUCGGGACAAGGCGAAGAUCAGGAACAUCGAGACGCAGUCGCGCGUGAUGGAGCUGAGCACCGACAACGAGCGUCUGCGCAGGCGCGUGGAGCACCUGAGCCGCGAGCUGGACACCCUGCGGGGAGUCUUCAGGCAGAUACCUGAGGGGGCGGGUCGUCAGUAACCUGCGGUAACAUCCAAUCAUCUCCAAUAACAGACUGAGAGGGUUACGGAGCUCUCCUGUGAAGAAGAAAGGACCUAUGCGUGACAGGUGACUUUCUGUCUCUCACCUGCAACUCUGAAACUGAAGCUUAGAUUGAUGU